GACACUUGUGGAAAAGCUUUUCAUUACAAGUCCCCCUUGAAUAUAGAUCUGAGAGACCACACAGGUGAGAAGCAGUCUGCAUGCAGCACCUGGAGAGAAACAUUUAGUGAGUCAUGAUUGAUCAGUUGCGAGAACACAGGUGAGAAACUGUAUUCUUGAGAGACUUGUGGGAGACCUUUAAGACUUAAAGGAUAACUUUGAGAUUUUUGAACCUGGCCCAGAUUUUCCCAUGUUUUUUUUGGUGUAAGUAAGUCACAGGGACACAGAUUUUUUGAAUCAGUGGAGUAUUGAGUAGGAACGGUACACUGCUGCUGCAAUGUAAACAAUGGGGCAGCUGUCCAUGUUAAAGUAAGUCCAUGUUACAGUGCUUGUUUUUACCACUCUGCGACAACAUUAUGGAUAGGAUUUGAACAUCCCUUUGUUAAAGAGAAAGAUCUUUUUGUUAAACCAGAUAUAGCCAUUCCAUCACUACCACACUCCAUUAACAAAUAAAGUUAUUUUACCUCCCAGAACUUGGUAGUUGCUAGUAGGCCCAAGCGAUACGACUUCAAAUCAAUAUCACAAUUAUUUCAAAUUUUAACCUUGAUUACGGUUAAUGAAUGACUACUUGGACACUCAUCAGUCUCUUUUUUGAGCCAUGCACUUUUUGUUUUCGGCAAUAUGAUUGUUCUCCAAAUGAUGAAACUGACUGGUGGCGUUAUCGUCAGUCUCUGAAUUAGUUUUUCUGCAGCAUUUGCAUUUGACUUCAUUUUUUUAUCUGUUGUCUUCACCGAAGCCAAAAUGAGUCUGAACAGCAGACAUAGCUUCUUUUUAGGAUGGGUCAGAGUCACGUGACUGAACAUGAGGUAGUGUUUUUUUAAGGGGACACUUCAUGAACACACACACUGGGGAAAGUAUUAAUCAAAUUAACUGACAUGAGAAAGGAUUGUCAGUGAGAAGUCCUAAAUGUCGGUUUUCAUACUUCUUCAGUUAAUUGCCCAGACCUAGUUGCUGUUCAGCUGCUUUCUCAAUCAGUUAGUUUAUGUUAUUGUGUGGUACUUUUAUCUGAGUAAAGGAUCUGACGGCUUCUUCCACCACUGAAAGUCACACAAUGACACAAGCAACCCAACUGAGCAAGGCAGCAGUUGAUCAGAAGCUUUUGUGUUUUGCAAAGUGUAAUUACUGGCUUUAUCAAUGUUAAUUUUUGUUAAGCUAGCCUGAUUUUUCUUUAUAUGACUAUAUUACUAUUAAUAUUAUUAUAUUCCAUGUGUUGUUGUUUACUGUGCCUGCCCUCUUCUCUUCAAGUUUGAUGUCAGACCAGAACACUUGUCCCGGAAGAAUCGCAUCUCAAGUACGUACAACAUCUACAGUACCAAGGAUGCCUACAAUACUGUACAAAAACAAGUACUGUCACAUUUCCAGAAUUUUUGCAUCGACUUGGUACCAAAGUAUUGGUUCUCAUGACAACUGUAAUUAGCACACACAGCAGCAUGUGUUGUUUUCUGGUUUUUGCUGUGGUAUUGAAUUUGGUAUCGAGUAUCAUGGACUAUUUUUACACUCAGCUAUGAGUAGAUUGUGAACUCUCUGAACUUGAAGCUUAGAAACCCUUUAGUCCUGCUGGGUCACUUCUGUUGUCUUCCUGCCAACCGGAGUCUUUUCUGUCUGGAGUGUGUCCUUUCAUUUCAUAUUUGUAUUUAUUUUGUGAUUGAAUCAACUUAAUAUUUUUAUUUUGUCUUGCUUUGCAGGUGACUCACAAACACAAUUGUAGAAGAUGUACUUCAUGGUUCUGUAAAGGUGCUAGCUUCUUUGAAAGAAUUUUGAUAAGAAUAUUUCUAUCAGUGCUGUUUACUCAGACUGAUGUUCCCACAUUGAUGACUGAAUGAUGACAGUUACUACGAUAUAAGCAGCAUUUCAUUACUAAAGUUCCUUUAGUCACUGAUCGUUGUAUGCAUUACUACCACUUAGGCUGAUGACAUUGAUUUCAUGUCUUUAUUCUAACAAUAAAUCUUUGUUAGGUGACAAGAAUAACAGAUUCACACCAUUUAUGUAAUUUAUACUACUUAAAUAUUAUAAAUUUUAUAUAUAAAAAAAAAAAAGUGAACUGCACAAAUGUGUUGUCCAGUUCUAGCACAGGCCACUGUAAUCACACCACGUGUGUUGUACUGGGCCUUUAAAGGUAUUUCAAAUGGUAAAAAACUGGGCUACAGACUGUAAAAUGUAAACAUCAAGAAUGAAAUCAAGUCAAUUUCAGACAAAAACAACCUUUCAGUGACAGGGUAGGAGGUCAUCACUUUUUGUCAAGUGGAAAAGUGCAUUUUAUGUGUUGUAUUGGCCCUUCAAAGAUAAUAAGGAAAACUGCAGAUCUUCUUUGUGUCAUAUAUAAGCCUUCCGUAAAUCAUCACAGUCUCGAUCCGGAUAUAAAACAAGGGUAUUAGACACACCAAACACAAGGUAUAAACAUCGGGAUCGACACAAUGUUGCCUGUAAUCACGUGACUCUCGUGCUGCAAACACUCCUUUUGGCCAGAACGGUGAUCAUUCGAUCACUGCAAACAAUAAAGUUUCACAGGGACAUACAUUUGCUCUGUUUUUUUGCAAAGAUCCUUUUUUGACACGACACGGAACUUCACAGUGUGACACCAAGCGGAAGUAAACAAUCACAGCGCACAAGCAGAUUUAGCAGUAAGAUUGUGUGGAGCUAGCUUGAAGAUGACGGUGUAGUCGUAUGGCAGAUAAAUAUUUCAGUGGUAACUAAGCAACAAUGUCUUCAGUUCAGUAUCUGAGAGAGUUUGUCAACGAGCGACUAACUGCUGCUGCUGAAGAAAUAUUCGGAGUCUUUGAACAAACUAUCGUCGAGUACGAGGAAGAGAUCGAUCGUCAGCGCAGACUGCUGGAUAUCGUUUGGAAACCCGAGAUAAAGCUACACAGGACAGAGCUCCAACAGCAACAUGUCAUUCAGGAGAAGGAGGUUCUCACUGACCAGCAGAGGAACUCCAGUCUGGACCAGGAGGACCCAGAGCCUCCACAGAUUAAAGAGGAAGAGGAGGAACUCUGCACCAGUCAGGAGGGAGAGCAGCUUGUACUGAAGCAGGAGACUGAUACCUUGAUGUUGACUCCUACUAAUGAAAUGGACCCCAGUGAACCAGAACCAAGCGAUGACCACCAGCUCCUCUCUCACAACACUCCUGUAGCUGAGAGCCAAGAUCAGGAAGGAGGCGAGCAUGUAGACCCUGAGUCAAAGAGUCACUGUAACACUCAGAUGGAUAAAAAGUCUUUCAAAUGUGACACUUGUGGAAAAGAGUUUAGGUAUAACUAUAAAUUGAAUAUGCAUCUGAGAAUCCACACAGGUGAGAAGCAGUACCUUUGUAAUACCUGUGGGAAAAGUUUCAGAGAAACAAAACAUUUGAACGAGCAUUUGAAAAUCCACACAGGUGAGAAGCCAUAUUCUUGUGAGACAUGUGGGAGAUCUUUCAGAACUAGUGGUAACUUGAAAGUCCACAAGAGAAUCCACACAGGUGAGAAGCCGUACCUUUGCAAGAACUGUGGGAAAAGUUUUUGUACAAUGUCAUUACUGAAACAACAUACGACAAUCCACACGGAUGAAAAGCCAUAUUCUUGCAAAACAUGUGGCAAGGGUUACAGAUAUAGGACUUCCCUAAGACUCCACGUCAGAACUCACACAGGUGAGAGGCCAUACCUGUGCAACAUCUGUGGGAGAAGUUUCAGUCAGAUAACACAUUUGAAUAACCAUUUUAAAAUCCACACAGGUGAGAAGCCAUAUUCAUGUGAGACUUGUGGGAAAGCUUUCAGAUGUCGUGGUGACUUAAAAUACCACAUGAGAACCCACACGGGCGAGAAGCCGUACUCCUGCAACACCUGUGGGAAAAGAUUUUAUCGAAAGCCACACUUGGAGAAGCACAUAAGAAUUCAUAAAGGUUAAAAGUUGUAUACUUACUUAACUUUUAGACUUGGGGGAUAAUUGACAGUCCAGAGCCCAGACUGGCGAGAAACUACAUCACUGCAACAUCUGAGGGAAAAGAUGGUUUGAUGUAUCUCAGUUGGGAAGGUCUAUGAGAUCACACAUUUAGCCUAGUAUAUGUAGGAGUGUGUGAUGUGGGAGGAUUCAGUUGUAGUGGUUCAUGGACAAAACACACAAGAGCCCACAGAAGUGAAGAGCCACAUAAUUGCAGCUCUUGUGGGAAAAGAAAAAACACCUGAGAAUCAUUUUACAAAGGGGGAAACCAUUAAGAUGAAACUUGUGUGGAGAGGGUUCAGCAACUGAAUGAAAUACAGUUUUGCAAUAGAUACAUUUCUGUAAUUGAAUGUAUACCAUUUACCACAGAGGAUGUAUCUUAGUGUAGAGUAGUACAGUAUCAACAAUGUCUUCAGGUUUUGUUAAACUAGCCUAAUGUUUUCUUUCACGUGACUAUUACUUUCUGUUGCAGCAGAAUUUCUUUGAAACAACAGUAAUCUCCCAGAUCUUGUAA